CCGCCUAGGUCCGGGAAAGGAGUUUGCCGACGUACCCGGAACUGUUUCCAAGGUUUCCUCAGACUUUUGACGGGUGCGUGGCAGGGGGUUCUGGGAGCCAAGGCAACCGAGAUCAUUCCUGGCUCGAGAGAGCUCCCCCUUCCCCUGCGGCUUUAGGGGCCCAGCGGGCGCGAUGGCUCCGGUGUCGGGCUCGCGCAGCCCCGACCUGGAGGCCUCGGGCUCUGGGGGUAAACGUCGCAGUUCGUCGCGAAGCCCCAAGCCCAGCAAAUCUGCUCGCUCCCCGCGGGGCCGCCGCUCUCGCUCGCACUCUUGCUCUCGGUCCGGGGACCGGAAUGGCCUCAGCCACCAGCUAAGUGGCUUCAGCCACGGCUCCCGAAACCAGUCCUACCGCUCCCGCUCGCGGUCGCGCUCUCGAGAGCGGCCCUCUGCACCGCGGAGCACCCCGUUCUCUUCUGCCUCCUCGUCAGCCUAUUAUGGAGGCUACUCCCGUCCCUACGGGAACGACAAGCCGUGGCCUAGCCUCCUGGACAAGGAGAGGGAGGAGAGUCUGCGGCAAAAGAGAUUAAGUGAGAGAGAGAGGAUUGGAGAGUUGGGAGCUCCUGAAGUAUGGGGACUUUCUCCAAAGAAUCCUGAACCAGACUCUGAUGAACAUACACCAGUAGAGGAUGAAGAGCCAAAGAAAAGCUCUACUUCAGCUUCUACUUCAGAAGAAGAAAAAAAGAAGUCUAGUCAUUCAAAAGAAAGGUCCAAGAAAAGAAGAAAGAAAAAAUCAUCUAAAAGAAAACACAGGAAGUAUUCUGAAGAUAGUGACAGUGACUCUGAUUCUGAAACAGACUCUAGUGAUGAAGAUACAAAAAGGAGAGCAAAGAAAGCCAAGAAAAAGGAAAAGAAGAAGAAACGCAGAUCGAAGAAAUAUAAGAAAAAGAAGUCUAAGAAGAACAGAAAAGAGUCCAGUGAUUCAGACUCUAAAGAUUCCCAAGAAGAGUUUCUGGAGAAUCCCUGGAAGGAUCGAUCAAAAGCUGAAGAACCUUCAGAUUUAAUUGGCCCAGAGGCUCCAAAAACACUUGCCUCUCAAGAUGAUAAACCUUUGAACUAUGGCCAUGCUCUCUUACCUGGUGAAGGUGCAGCUAUGGCUGAAUAUGUAAAAGCUGGAAAACGUAUCCCACGAAGAGGUGAAAUUGGCUUGACAAGUGAAGAAAUUGCAUCAUUUGAAUGCUCAGGUUAUGUAAUGAGUGGUAGCAGGCAUCGCCGAAUGGAGGCUGUGCGACUGCGAAAAGAGAACCAGAUCUAUAGUGCUGAUGAGAAGAGAGCCCUUGCAUCCUUUAAUCAAGAAGAGAGACGAAAGAGAGAGAACAAGAUUCUGGCCAGUUUUCGAGAGAUGGUAUACAGAAAGACCAAAGGGAAGGAUGACAAAUAAGGAUUUUCUGAUUGUUCAGCAAACAUUUUUUGUUUGUUUGUUUGUUUGUUUGUUUAUAAGGAUGACCGAUAAGGGGAUCUUAACCCUUGACUUGCUGUUGUCAGCACUAUGCUCUCCCAAGUGAGCUAACCGGCCAUCCCUAUAUAGGAUCUGAACCUGUGGCCUUGGUGUUAUCAGCACCACACUCUCCCAAGUGAGCCACGGGCCAACCCCUCAGCAGACAUUUUUAACAAAAAAAAAAAAAAAAAAAGUCUGGGUUCUACACAUACACACAGAAAGAUUAUUAUGCUCUGAAAAAGCUUUACAGUGCUACUGUGCCUUCUGUUUAAUUCUUCCAGUCCUUUAAUGAAAAGCUGCUUAUUGAUAUAACUUUAGCAAUUUCUUUGGGUUCUUUUGGAUUGACCAUAAUAACUUUCUGAUUUAAAAAAUCCAAAUUAUGAAUUAAAUCCUACUGUAUUGGGGGAGGUGUCAUGGAGA